AGUGGCAUUCCUGCAGCCUUCUGGGCAAAGAUGGCUGGGAAACGCUCAUGCUGGAGGAUUGUACACAGCAAAGGAGUGAUCCCCCCUGACUGUGAUCUGGAUCUGACUGUCAUAGCCAAUGUGAACAGCACCGGAAAACUCCAGGACAAGGUGAAGGUGUUCAUUGAGAACAGCCUUACGAUCAUCGUCCCAGUCCAGGCUGUGGGCACGCGCACCACAAUUGUCAGCAACAAGCCCCUCGGUCCAAAGCUCGACUUGGGAUCCCACUUCAGCUUCUCUCCCUGCCGUUAUGAGUUCCAGCUGACAAACAAAGGACGCCACUUACAUCAGCUCUACUGGCGCACAGAAGGUUUCCACAUCUUGCGGCAGAGUUCUUGUCGCCCUGCCCUCGGUGGCACCAAGAGCAAAGGUGCUUCCCAGAGCCCCAGGCCCGGCCACCCCGUGUUUAAGCUCCAGCCGCCGCAGAUAGACCUGAGGCCAGGCCAGACUGUGGACAUGGUGCUGGAAGGCUGCUCCAGCACUGUCCAGGAGGUGGAGGAGCGGCUGCUGUGUCAUGCUAGGGUGGAGAAAGAGAAAACAAAACAGAUCAUGCAAGUGGAUGUCACCUGCAAGUUCAUUCGCCCCGUUGUGCAGAUCUCUUCCAGAGCAAUCACUUUCCGUGUGGAAAAGGUAAGUCUCCAGAUUGCAUGCUGGCAUUUAAAGGUGUAACUCUUAAAUUGGCUGGAAGUAAAUAGAAAUAUAUGCUUCCGGGGUUGAAAAACGUGAAAUGCAUCGGAAGGGGAAGGUCUGUGGCCACUUGAGGCUGAUUCUCCUUGUCUCCUGUUUCUGUAGAAACCCACUGAUAUCCUGACACUGCAGUACCAGCCUUUGUCUUUAAAAAACACCUGCUCGCUGCCAUUCAGCUUUGUGAUGGACUUGGAGCAGCCAUUCCAAAUCUGCAGUGUGGACCAGCAGCCCCUCCCUGCAGAUUCCAAGCCCAUGACGCUGGAUGUAGGGGAAGAACUUCAUCUCUGCAUCCAGUUUAACCCAGCUUAUAAGAAGGACUUGAAUAGCUGGGUGGCAGAAAGGGUACUCAGGGUGCGCAUCAUGGAGCAUCCUCAUAAGGAGCAGAUCACUGUUCGGGGAGAAGUCUACUUCCCAAAUCUCCAUCUUGAGACCCAGGCCGUGGACUUUGGCUGCAUCAUAAGCGAUACAGAACAAGAGCUGUAUAUGGAGAUGACCAACUGCAGCCCACUUCCUGUCCAGUACUACUGGUCAUUCCUGACGGACAGGAAGGUGAACACCAUAAGGUUCAGGCCUUCACCACCUAAAUUCAAACGCCAGUCAUCAAAGAAGGGAGUGUUUCUAAGGAGACACUGCAAGAUUGAAAGUGUGGAGAAGCCAGCUGAAACCCCAGAAACAACACAGGAUUCUGUUCAGGAGGAUCCUGCCCAGCAGGCAGCAGAUGUAGAUUACCUGGAAGCAGAGGAGCUGUCAUCCACUGCUCUGGAGCCUCGGAGCCCAGGGAAGAUGAGGGGAUUGAGUCAAUCCUCAGAGGUGCAGCACCGCAACGUGAGAAUGCAGGACGUUUUUGAUGUCCGGCCACUGUUCGGUGUGCUGCAGCCGGGAGAGAGCGAGCUGGUCACCUUCACCUUCUUUGGCCACGCCAACAUCGUCGCUCGUGUCACGGCGCGGUGCCACGUGCAGGGAGGCCCCACCUACAAGGUGGUGGUGACGGGGGAGGCUUCGUGUCCCAGCUACCAAUUGGACGUGGAGGAGAUUGACUGGGGGCUGCAGGCGUUUAACAAAGUCCUCAAAGCAGAGGUCACCCUGCGGAACACCGGGGUUGUGGAAUUCACCUACGUGGUGCCAAACUCCAGCACUGGCACUGCAGCAAACCCUCUGCCUGGUGUGCCCGUGGUUGUGCCCACCGAAGGUUCCAUUGCACCUGGCAAAGAGCAAGUGUUGGAAGUCUGUUAUCUGCCAGGAAAGCCAGGAGUCUUCUGCAGGACUUUCCAGGUCCAAGUGGCUUAUCUGGAUCCAGCAGAAAUCUUCCUGAAAGGAGAGGGAACCUUGCCUGGGACUACUAAGCACCUACCCAGGAUGUUGAAAGAAAAUGAGGAGAUACUGCAAGAGGAAGAAGAAAACCCGCAGGAAGAAGAGAUGGAGAGUGCUACUGCCGACCUUGCGAAUUCAGCUGAGGAUAACGAAACUGAAUCAUCCAUAUAUUCUUCAGAAGACAAACCUUGAGAGAUACUGACAGCAAGAACUUUGAGGAUUGGCAUUGGCACUCCUUGUUUACCAAUAAAGCAGGGAAAGUAAUGUUUUAUGUGAAGAAAUCUGUGAAUGCUGAGCACUCUACCCAGGCAUGGUGCAAAUUUCAUGAGAUCCCUUGCAGUCUUCCUCUUCUCCCAGAUGAAGCUUUUCAGGACAGAGAACUGGAUUCUGUCCACCUCUGUGCAGCACCUGGAGCUUUCAUAGCCAGCCUUAAGCACUACCUGAAGUCCCACCAUGUCCCCUGCCACUGAGAGUGGAUAGCUAAUACCCUAAACCCGUAUCAUGAAGCCAGUGACACCCUUACGAUGACCAUGGAUAACGGUCUGAUAGCAAAUGCGUUACCUUGGUGUGACUUUGGCCCAGAUAACCCUGGGGAUUGUGGCAGGCUUGUUGAGAGAGGACUCUUGGUCCGGUGUGAGAUGUAUGACACUGAUUAUAUGGAUCAUCGUGACUAAACGUACUGCUAAUACAGUAUCUAAAUACUGUCAAUGCAGUAUACAAUAUAUGCAGGUCUAAAGGGCUAUAAAUAAGCAGGUGUGGCUAAGAACCCCCAGGUUUACAGUCUUUGGAAAUGCAGAACUCACAGCAACAAAGCACCUAUGGAGCUACUUCAGGGUUUUAUCUCUGGACAUGACUGGAUCUUAGUUGGAUCUGCAGAGUCACCAGGAAGCCACCUGGGGCAUGCAAGGAGCUCAAGUGACACAGGGGGAAGGUGUCAUGAGCCUUUCAGCACUUGCUUCUUGCCAGGUGCAAGGGAACCCUGCAAGGCUUGGCUUGAUGCUGCAGCUCUUCCCCUACCUUCUGGACACCUUCCUAUCAAUAAUGGGAUUUCAAACUCCAAGAGAGGAGCCUCCAUGAGUGCACUCCCAAAGGCAAAGGUAUUCUAGAGUGAAAAAUCACUGCUCUAACUUAUGCCACUUUGAGUUUAACAAGAGGAGCUUCCGCACAAGCACCCAUUUUUGCAGCUCUCUGGCUCCAGACUGACUGCAGACAUGCCAGCUGUGCCAAGGAACGGGGAUUUCUAGCUGUGAUCACAUACUUGCGAGGUUGUACUAUAAUGGUAAUUGAUUUCUUGACUCAAAUUUAUACUGCUCUAUCUUGUCUUCAGGUUACAGUGUAUUUAAUAUUGAGCAUUCAGUCAUUAAAUGCUCAGAGACUCUUCCUGUGUAUCAUCAGUUUCUUAUGAUGCUUCAGUGGCUUGUUUUGUCGGUUCUGAACCCAUCUCCAUUGUUCUGUAUUUGAUGGGUUACAAGUUGAAAUGCCAACUCUUCUGAGUGAGCCUGAAGAGUGCUUCUGGCUGGGAGCUGAACUCACUAAUUAAGCUGUGGUGACCUAUUAAUUA